AAAUGAAUCAAGCGCUGUACAACACUGAACUACCGUCCGUGAAUCUCACUGGUUAUUUCGGCGUUUUCCGCUGAUUGUUAUUUAAUGGUGCUUAAAGUUUAACUUGACCAGGGAAAGAUACUCCCUGUAACAUUUUCAUCCUUUUUCAUGCUUUUUUCUAUAAAUAUACGUUUCCAUUUAUCAUAAAUAUACCGUUAAUAUGAUUGGUGAGUUCGAGUUGCGUUUGCUGAUUGGUUGUGGAAAGUUCAACUUUGCCGCACUUUUAAAUGGUACGUUCACCUGUGUAAGGCAUGGUUGGCUGCGAAGUAUGCAGGGAUUGGUUACCCAAGACGAGGCAACGGAUGACCAAUAGGAGUGCCCUUCCCUCUUAUCUACUUGUAUUGCGAUUGGUUGUAAAUAUAAUACUUGACCUUGAGUCCUCGUUCUUACUAGCACGCAACACUUGUGUGAUCACACUGCUAACGUGCGCUUUGCUCUCUGUUUCAGAUCAUUGCUUGACGAGUGGGAUUACACCUGGCACGAAAUAGGCUACAUUAAUUAAAAAUGGCUCAGAUGCCUUUAGAAGUUAAAAUGGAGAUCGAUUUAACUACUAAAGUAGCUGAAGCUGCUAAUAUUGAUCAAACUCUUGUCAGUCUUGUUGUUCCAAUGUUUGAAAACGGUUAUACUGUACCAUUUAUUGCACGUUAUCGGAAAGAAAUCACAGGUGGUGUAGAACCGGCGGUGCUGCAUAGAUUGAAAGAAAAAAUGAAUGAUUGCAAAAUGCUGAUUAACAAAAUAGAAAAGUCGAUGCGACUUUUCAAUAAACGGGGUCUACUUACCAAUGAAUUAUCACAACAGUUAAUGCGGUGUAAAACGACUGAAGAUAUAAAACUAUUAACAGAUUCAUUGAUGCCUAAAGGUCCACAUACAUUGGCUGGUAAAGCAAAAGCCGCCAAUUUAGAGUCCGUUGCUCUUGAUAUCCUCUAUUCUUAUAGAUUUGUUCAUAUUUACAGUCGAGCUUCUUCAGAAGCUAAAAAUACAUUCCAGUCGAAUUCAGCACUUGAAGAUGCUGUACGUCACAUAAUUGCUGAUAUAUUUGCUAAAGAUUUAGAUAUAUUAAAGAAAGCUGAAGAAUUAUGUUCAACUUAUCCUGCAACAAUUAAAACCUCACCAAAGUUGACACGUGAUACACAAACGUCCGGUGAAUCAUCUUAUCUACAGCCUAUGCUUAUUGAUACAGACGAUGAGAAUAAUACGGAUUUUAUUGACGGUGAUGAUGAAUACUCACUAAAUGGUCAAAAUUCAUCAAUGAGUCCUAACAAUAAUCAUAAACCCAAAGAUGAAUUUAUUACGUUUAAAAAUUAUCUAAAUUUUUCUCGUUCAGUCUCAUCUAUUCUAGCACAUCAAGUGUUAGCUAUUAAUCGUGCAAGUGAAAGAGGUUUAAUCACUGUAAAGAUUGAUUUAUCCCCUCAAGUCCAACAACAAUGUAGGACAUUUGUGUCUGAGAAAUACUUAUCCACUGUGAAUCGUGGUCAUUGGGACUAUGUUAUGCAAGCGUUUGAUGAUGCCUGGAAACGUUUGAUUGAUCCACAUUUAGUGCGUAGUAUUCGAGAAAAAUUAUCAACUUCGGCGCAAGAUUCAUCCCUUGAGGUUAUUACAGAAAAUCUUCGCCGUUUGUUGAUGACCGCUCCACUGCGUAUCCCAACUUCUGCAAAUCAAACAGCAACGAAGUAUAAAAAUGAGUUGGGCAUAAUUUCUUCUGCAGCUGGUGCACCAGGUGAUCGUCUACCUGUUGUCGGCUUGGUUCCAGGCUGGAGAAAUGGAUGUAAAUGGGCCGCAUGUGAUCCGCAUGGAAACGUUCUGGCCACAGGGAUAUUAUGGCCACCGCACACGUAUAUAUUGAAACAGCUGAAUGGGCCGAGAGAGAAUAAUGGUCUGGGAGCGUUAACGGCUGUCAUGCAGCGAAAUCAUAUUGAGACUGUUGCUCUCGGAAAUGGACAAGGCAGUCGAGAAACUGGUUCUUGGUUAUCUUAUUUAAUUAAAACUGACCACUUCAAACCAUUAAAAAUUCGUUUUGCUGUUGUCAGUGAAUCCGGUGCCUCUUAUUAUAGUGCUUCAGAGUUGGCCUGUAAAGAAUUACCAAAUUUAGAUGUGACUUUCAGGGGGGCUGUGUCAAUUGCCAGGCGAUUACAAGAUCCACUAGCUGAAAUGGUUAAACUUGACCCGAAACAUUUAGGCGUGGGUAUGUACCAACAUGAUAUUCCAGAACGUCGACUAAUCGGUGCUCUUCGUGAUGUUAUGGAAGAGUGUAUUAGUUUUGUUGGUGUUGAUUUGAAUGCCGCUCCACUGCAUAUUUUAUCUCAUGUAGCUGGUUUGUCUGAGGCGAAAGCAAAAGCAAUUUUAGCCUAUCGGUCUCAAGUUGGACCAUUUCGAUCGAGAGCUGAUCUUCUCAAGGUUAAAGGUAUUGGAAAGCCAACUUUUGCUCAAUGUGCUGGAUUUGUUCGAGUAAAACCCGCCUAUUCAGCAACUACUUUAGAUGGUACAAAGGAUGUUGAAGUGAUUUCUGAUGAAGAUGUUGACGACAGAGAUGAUAAUAAUAAUAGUAAUAAUAAUUAUGGUGGAGUUGGCGUUGGAGUUAAGCAUAAACGUGGGGCUGAAUCAAUUCGAGAACAUGUUAGUAAAAAGUCAUGCUUAAAGUCAUCAUCUACCAAUAAUGCUCAGUCUGGUGUGAAUUGUUUCAAUCCCUUAGAUCAGACAGCUGUUCAUCCGGAUACAUAUGGUAUUGCAACAAGAAUCAUUUCAAUGCUUAACUGUCAGCUGACAGAUGUUGGAUCAGCAAAGUUGAAAGGAGCUGCAAUUCAAUUUAUGCUUAGUGCUGAUCGAGAUGAACGACUUGAAUCAUUCUGCACUAAUAAUGUUGGAUUGGAUACAUUACGUGAUGUUGUGGAAGCGCUCACACUUCCUUUGAAUUUUGAUGAACGUCAAGGGGUAGUUUGUAGGGAUUGUUAUCAGUUAGAGAGAAUCGGUGAAACACAGGCAGGGAGUACUGGACAGUCAGCUGUUUUUUCCUAGUUUGGAAUUCAUUGGCAGUAGGCAUCUACUGGAGUUCCAACCCUAGGACCUUCUGAUUACAAGGUGAUCUGCAUAAUAUAACGAAUUGGUAAGGUUAGAAUUCCUUGACUAUUGGAUAAGGUCCCAAUGGUUGAAUGGUCUACGAGCUUGGCUAGUAAGCAAAAAGUACUACGUUCAAAACUCUGGAUUUACUGCAUAUGAGUAAUCAUGAAGAGUCAAUACAUCUGCUCUAUUGAGAACAAUUUCGAGCCAUAUCACCUAUGGUCUCGAGCUAAUGGCUCUUAGCAACACAAAGACUGCAACCAUGCAGUCUACACCUCCUAUCUGUCAGUCAUGAAAAUAUCAAAACUACGCAAAGGUAGGCUAGUCAGUGGUCGAAUAGAAAAUGUGACAACAUUUGGUGCAUUCUGUGAUAUCGGGGUGGUAGAGAAUGCCUAUAUUCCACAACAUGCAUACCCUCGAGGUGGAAGCGUUGGUGGUGACAUGGUGAAACCGCCCGGAUUAUUACCUACUGGUUGUGGUGGUGCUAGUGAAGCAAAAACUGUGUUCACUUUACGUUUAGGUGAUCGAAUUAGAGCCACGGUAGCUAGUGUGGAUGCAGAACAUCAUAGAAUAUCAUUAGAAAAUGUGGCUAUUAUACAGAAUAAUAAAUGAUCAAUGUUGUAUAAAGCGAUGAAUGAUGUGCCUACUGUUUCGACAAUCUAUUCGUAUUAUUGGAUACUUCUUGUUUCCUUUUUUCUAUUUUUAUUGUAGCCUUUUUAACACUAUUAUUUUUAUUAUUAUUAUUCACAAUCAUUGGUAUUUUUCUGUAAAACAAACAAUGAGCCUUUUUUGUAUUGAAGAGAUUUUGUUGUAAAUUAAUUGUUUGUUUUUUUAGGAUGAAAAACACUAGCAGAAAAGUUACUGAGAUCAGAUUUGGAAUGGAAUGAAU